UGUGUGCUGAACAAACUUAUGGAGGCACAAAACAAAAACUGGAAAAUAUCAACAAUUAGCUUCCAUCAUUUGGUUGAUGUAAUAACAUCUGCUAACCACCAAGGCCACGGUAAUCAUCCUAAGCAUUGAAAUGCAGCGAAAACCACAACCACUUUCGAUUGCGAGUAGUUGCUUACCGGGUAAUCAGUAACGCAGAACCACGAUCGGGCAAGCGAUCUGACUGUUGUCCGAUUUGGAAACAUCCUUGUCUUUGAUAUCAAUAGAUGAAAAUGGUGGGUAAUCUUGAUCUCUGGGAUGUUUCCGAAGACUCUUUUUCGCCUCAUUUGAUGCACCCUUAAAGUGGCAAACAGGAUAGCUGUUGCAACAUGAGUAAUUGGUACUGGUUGACGGCAUGGUUGCCUUCAUUAUUAGCUAUUAUUGGAAAUGGCCUCGUGAUUUAUUUGAUUCGUUCACGUCCUAGACUGCGGACCUUACAAAACAGAUUUGUUCUGUCGCUUGCAAUAGCUGACUUCUGUGUUGGGACAUGUUAUUACCCAGGGCAUGUAAUAUGCAACUUUUUGCUCGACUCAAAGUGCAAUGUGAUGAUUAGAGAUGACAUUGCUGUGUACAUGAUCUACUCUUCUGUGUCCAAUCUGUGCGCCAUGGCUAUCGACAGGUACAUCGCCAUUGUCAGACCUUUACGCUACUUAACACUCAUGACGACUACACGCGCAAAAAUACUGACGACAAUAGCAUGGAUGAUUCCGAUGGUAGUCUACUUUAUUCCCGCCAUUUGUGUCAGCCUGAAAUUGUUUAGCAUAAACUUUAAGAUAAGUGUGGUAAUCUGGACCACGAUUUUCGAAUUUAUUCCGUGCACGUUGUUGUUGUUCGCUACCAUGCAGGUUAUCAUUAUCUCGAAGAGGCAUCGCCGAAGAGACGCAAACUUCUCUCAGUUAACGCUUCGACAAAAAGCUUCGACAUCAGUGAUUGGAUCAGUUGUGGCUAUUUUUCUUCUUUGCUAUGCUGUAGAGGUUUACAGCUCGUUUUGUCAUUUUACAUCAUUGUGUACUCCACAUGAUAACAUAUACAACGCAGUGCGUUUUCUCAUUAUUGUUAAUUCGGCUGCAAAUCCUAUCGCUUAUGCGUUGUUCAAGAGAGACAUGAAGAGAGAACUUGAUAAACUUAUCUGCAAAAACUCUUUCACGAAACCAAGCCUUUUGUCGAGACGUAGUAAUGAAAGAUCGACCAGUCUUUGAGUUAUCACAACUGCAUAUCUUAGGAAGAAAACAGAUACGGCUGCGCUUUCAGAGUUCUAAGGUGCGACUGAACAAAAAAUAUGUGAUAAAAUUAGGCGUUAAGGAUACCUACUCGUAAAAGCUUAUUUUACCCUGUUGUCUCGUUUCCUAUAUCCGGACCUGUUGUGAAAUAACUAGAAUGACUACUUCGGAUGAAAACAAGACAAAAUGAAGACAAAACUACAUUAGAAUUUACUAUGAAGUAUUACUGUUCUCUCUCUUCCAUAACGUUGAAGAACUUUGACUGACGCUAUAAAAUAAUAAAAAAAUUUCCUCCAGUUAUGGAUAAUUAGGGUCAAAGCGCGUGCGAUCGAGUAACCAUUUUCUGUCGUUAAAUCUUCAGCAUUAAAUAUUAUAAUUUCAAGAUGAAAUUUAUUUUCUUAAGUGACAUGCGAAGGAGUGAUGUUAUUCAUAACAGCAAGAGAAGGGCCUCUUUUGGUUACAGUUGUCACAAGUCUUGUCAUGACUCCUUAGGGAUUCGAUCAUGAGAGACCAACGUGUAUGCCGACAAUGACUGUUGAUAUAAAAAGAGCACAUUUAUUAUUCUACGACAAUAUUAUAGCAUUCUAUUUACAAUAAUUUACGCCUAAUUGAAACGACGUUGUUUAAAAAACAAACUGAAAAGGAGAAGGCCAAAUAAGAAUCAAUCAGUAUAAAUAAAUAUGUUGCAUAAUUCUCAUUCAUUAUUCUAAAGAUGAGUGAUUGUUUAGCGGGCCUCAUUGCUGGAUACCGCUUCAAUGAAGAAAAAUUGCUGUAUUCUGCUGUUACUGAAUCGGAAAGAACAAUAGGAGACCCAUACACAAAGCAGGUGGAAGAUAAAGGCACACUGUGGGAGUUUAAUGCAUGUAUUUAAGAUCCAUUUUAGUUUAAGCGUUGCCAAAAGAAUUUCAUCUUUAGAUACUAAUGAGAUUGAAGACUUAAAGCCUGGAAAACUCAAGUCGUUAUAUAUUAUAACACCUCUGGGCCAAAAUACAAAUUAAUUCUGAUGCCCUAGCUAUCUCAUAAAAAUCUGAAAUAACUUAAACCUUGAUGAAAUGAGCCCUAUGUAUAAAUUAAAGCAUAUCCUAU